UCAUGGCGUGCUACGUGUGGGUAAUCAGACGCCACAACACUACCCGAAGCACCACCGCUGUUUCCAGCGAGAUGCGUCGCAGGACUCGCAAAGUGAAUCUGUUCUGUUUUUUCUCCUCGCUCGGGUUCGUGUUGGCCUGGACUCCCUACACCAUCUGUGGCAUGCUUCACCUCGUCACCUCCGUCGACCCAGGACGAUUCUGGUGGCUUUUGAGUAACAUGGCGGCCAAGACGUCUGCUCUGUACAACGUGGCUCAGUUCUGGACUGCUACAUACCAGUUGACACUUCCCACUAUCAACCCAUACAGAACUCCAAAGACCUCUGGAAUCUUCACAGUUGCGUUGCCGGUAGAUUUGGACCCGUUAGAGAUGGAGUCAAUGGGUACUCAAGCCAGAUUUCCUGUAGAGGGACAACAAGUCCCUGUCAUCCCUGCAAUCAUCACGGGUCCGAGCUAUAUACUACCGCAGCCCAGAAGAGAUUUCACGCCACAAGUUGGUCAGUCCAACAGUACCCCCACCAACAGCCCUCGCAAACGUAAAACGAGUGGUUGGGAAAGAAGGAUACAGAAACAAGGCGGGACCAGUGCCACCCGGAAGAGGUCAUUGACCCCCAAACAACAUGAUAUUCCUCCAAACCAAUUCAUUUCGGGAUCCAACCUAGCUUAUUAUGAAAAUGAAUGAAGCGCUAAG